AUACACUCACGAAAUCACUUUUAUUUGGCAUCGUCCGAAAGCAUUGUCUGCAAUGGCAUAUCUUGUCAACCGCUAUUUCGCGCUGCUCGCCAAUAUCUAUGGCCUAUUUGUUGAUUUCAUGCCACUUCCAGAUCAGCUGUUCGAAAUACGUGUCAACCAGACAGUUGUUUAUUUUCUUUCAACAAUUCAUCGUUUGCGUCAUAUUAAUCAUUCGCACUUAUGCUCUCUACAAUCGUAGCAAACGCCUAAUUAUUUGGCUUACAAUCGUCCUCGUUGUCCUUGCGGCAGGUGCAUCUGCGGGAAGCUUUGGACAGUAUGCAAGGAAUAUAACGAGCUCGCCAGGAUUUGGCUGUUUCGAAACUUAUACAGCGAAGGCAUCUGAUCGUUUGGGGCUAGCAUGGCUGGCCAUACUGGCCUUCGAAUUACUCAUAUUUGUCCUCACGGUUUAUAGGACUUGUAAAUCUAGAGGUUUGCCGCGGUUACGUCAGGUCACCAAGAGAAAUAUUCUUGAUGUUAUGUUUCAUGAUGGUGCGAUGUAUUUUGCAGCCAUGACAGUCUGUAAUAUACCGAACAUUACUAUGUACUAUUCCGGAUCAGGGGUCGUCAGGGGUAGUCUUGGUCUGGCUACAUUCACUAGCUGCAUGUCCGUCACUCUCAUUUCUCGGUUGAUGCUGAACCUGCACAAAUCUCUCGACUCUGGCAUUUUCUCUGUCCCUGUGCAGGAACACGACUACCGCCUCGCAGUCCUUACCACUAGGAUCAACUUAUAGCCUGCGAUUGCCUAAAUCUCGCCUUUGCGAUUUAUGUAUACCAAGG